UAUUUCAGAAGGUACAAAGAUGGCAGAGCCGCAGUUCAUCAAAGUCCACUUGGCCCACAGAGAUUUUACCGGACGACCUCAUCGUUCUUCCUCUUUCAGAAAUGAUAUAGAUCCCAUGAGCUCACUUAUAUGGAGGCCUCUUCUCUUCGUUUUGGCUCCAAAAUCAUCACUCUCCAUGACGAACCUCACCUCAUCUAUCCCUUCCGUCCCCAAAACGCGCCUAAGAGGCGUCGUUUUCGACAUGGACGGGACCCUAACCGUGCCGGUAAUUGACUUUGCCGCAAUGUACAAGGCAGUCCUCGGGGAAGAAGAGUAUUGGAGAGUUAAAUCAGAGAAUCCAUCUGGAAUCGAUAUUCUGCACCACAUUGAAGCCUGGGCUCCUGAUAAACAGCAAAAGGCAUACCAGAUUAUCGCCGAUUUUGAGCGCCAAGGGCUUGAUCGCCUCCAAAUCAUGCCCGGUGCAGCAGAACUUUGUGGGUUUCUUGAUUCAAGGAAAAUCAGAAGGGGUUUAAUCACUCGGAAUGUCAGGGAAGCGGUUGAUAUUUUUCAUGAACGUUUUGGGGUAGUGUUUUCACCAGCAUUGAGCAGGGAGUUUCGUCCUUAUAAACCAGAUCCAGCUCCUUUACUGCAUAUAUGUUCAUCUUGGGGGGUUCAACCUAAUCAAGUGAUGAUGAUUGGUGAUAGCCUUAAAGAUGAUGUGGUUUGUGGAAAUGGAGCAGGGGCAUUCACAUGCUUGCUUGAUUUAGAAGGGAGAUAUGGCCCUGCUGAUUAUACAAACCUGGGUCUGGAGCCACAUUUCAAGGUGUCGUCGCUAAUGGAUGUCCAGUCGUUGCUGCACACUAAUUUUCAUCUGGAUCCAUGACCUUCCCUCGAAACAAAAGCUUCAUACAUUCAAGAGCAGCUUCCCUCAAGGACACAAGACUCUUAGACUUAUAGGACGAAGUUCAACUUGGCUCGGUCCAGGAUUUCAAGAAUUCAAGAAAUCAUUAGAAAUGAAGAAAUGAGGUGUUGUAUAAUGAGUUAAUGAGAUAGGUUCAAUUGCAGGACUGGGAUUUUCAUUAUAUCUGCAAAUGACAGGAUGAUGGAAAUCCAAUUUGAAUCAAACCGGGUAAGUAAAACAUGAUCUAAUGUUGUGAUUAUGGUAUUUUCCAUACAUACAAUCUCAUUAAAGUAUUUCUCUAAGUGGGUGUAUCGAAAGUAAUAAGAUAUUGGGAACCCAUAGGCAA